AUGACACGACGGCUCUGGAAGAGCCUGCAGCUGGGCGUGUCCAGCGGCCCACGAAGACAAACGAAAGCGGCAUCGGCAUCGGCAUCGGCAUCGUCAUCGCCGUCCUUGUCUUUGCCGCCCGAAAUUUCUGCACCCGUAGUUUCAGACGGGGUAGGGAGUAGCAAUGCGGUCAACGGCACACACAGCUACUUGCAAGACCUUGACGUAUGGAAACAGGCACCAAUACUCAAGGGCACGACGAAUUUUGAACCUCGGCCAGAUGUCAAAAAUAUCAUGGUAACUGGCGGCGCAGGCUUCAUAGCGUCUUGGGUUGUGCGGCACUUGACUCUUACAUACCCAAAAGCGUACAACGUUGUUUCAUUUGAUAAGUUGGACUAUUGCUCGUCUCUCAACAACACUAGAGUGUUGAACGACAAACGCAACUUCACAUUUUAUCAUGGGGAUCUCACAAAUCCAAGCGAGGUCUUGGACUGCAUGGAGAGGUACCGAAUUGACACGGUUCUGCAUUUUGCAGCGCAGUCUCACGUGGAUUUGAGCUUUGGCAACUCGUACAGUUUCACCCAUGCGAACGUCUACGGGACACACGUGUUGCUAGAGAGUGCCAAGAAAGCCGAGAUCAAGCGCUUCAUCCACGUCUCUACUGACGAGGUGUAUGGUGAGGUGAAGGAAGAUGACGACGACUUGGUGGAGUCGAGCAUACUGUCGCCGACAAACCCUUACGCGGCAAGCAAAGCAGCAGCAGAGAUGCUUGUUCAGUCUUACAACAAGAGCUUCAAGCUGCCCACGAUAAUCGUUCGAAGCAACAAUGUGUACGGACCGCACCAAUACCCCGAAAAAAUCAUAGCCAAGUUCACUUGCCUUCUAAACCGUGGACGGCCCGUCGUAUUGCAUGGCGACGGCAGUCCCACAAGGCGAUAUCUUUACGCUGGCGACGCCGCAGAUGCAUUUGACACUAUUUUACACAAGGGCCACAUUGGUCACAUUUACAAUGUGGGCUCUUCCGAUGAAAUCUCAAAUUUAGAUCUCUGUUCUCAACUGCUUGACACAAUGGGCAUAGACCAUUCAACGUCAGAGCAGUUUCGCAAAUGGAUCAAGUAUACGCACGACAGACCAUUCAAUGACCGCAGAUAUGCGGUAGAUGGUACCAAAUUACGCAUGCUCGGAUGGAGUCAAAACACUAGCCUUGAAAUCGGUUUGAAAACAACGGUAGACUGGUACCUCAAGUAUGGAGAGUCGUGGUGGGGAGACAUAAGCCAUGUGCUUACGCCGUUCCCAAUGGUCAGCGAAGGGGAAAUCGUGCCGGAUUUCGAGCAUCUAAUGAAGGAUGACCCUGUUCAACCAGGAGAUGAGUGCCUGGCAAAUGGCAAGAAAGAGGUGUAG